AUGUCUGCGGUAAAUGCGUGGCUAACCGCCAUAGGGGAUCUAGAUGAGACAGACAUUGCGUCUGCAGAUACGAGUGCGAAGUUGAAGGAAUACUUUUCUAUUGAUGUCAAUAAUCCUCUAGUCUCGACGCUUCAGAAUGAGCUGUGGGAUGCGCAAGUAAACAUUAACGAGGCAGUGAAGAGCGCCAAUUUGCUCGACUCUGCUUGGCCAGGAUACACUGAAUUGACAAAGUCGUAUCUGUUUUUUUGCUAUUCUGUUGACCCAAACGAUCCCGUCGGCACUUUUGAUGCGUACGGUCGGUUUUAUUCGGCCCUGCAGAGCGCCUACGGGAACGCCAGAGGGUGUGCGUUGAACGACGUUGUUAUUCAGAGCACCAAACGGAUGCUGUUUCUUUUUUCCCGGGCCGCGGAAGAGCUCAAGUGGGUGUCAGGAGUGCUUCAGCGUAUUUUUAACAGCAUUCGGAGCGAAAAGCCCGCUGAAGGAGCAAACUCUAAACGACCUGUGCUGCUAUUUAUUGCCGGCGCGCUGUGCCGGGUUUAUUUUUGGACCGACCAGUAUUCUUCAUGCUCCACUGUGUUCAAUAACAUCCACACUGCCUCUCUAGUAAUGUCAGAACAUCCCAUUGCCCAGCAGAUUGAGUUCCGGUUCUGGCUAGGACGGUACAAUCUCAACCGUAACAACCUUGUGCUUGCCUUCAAGCACUUGCACUGGUGCUAUACACGUUGUCCGCGGCAAUUCCCCAACCACCGGGUUAUUUUUAAAUAUUUAUUGCUCCCCAGCAUCUUACUUGGGCGUAUGCCUAGUCCGGCGCUUCUACAAGCCCAUGAUCUCAUUGAUCCGUUCAUGCCGCUGAUAUACUCGCUCAAGUCAGGGUCGUUUUCGGGCUAUUACCAGGUCAGAAACCAUCCAUGGUUCCACAAACACCGGUUAGACCACCUUUUACUGAGAAAUGUGCCCACGGCUAUUUGGCGGCAGGCGCUGGCCAGAGCGUACAAGUGGCUGUCGAACCCCAAGCAGCUUGAUUUUGAGCUCAUGGCCGUUGUUAUGAGCUACUCCAAGGGCCUCAAUACGGAACCCGUCAGCGUUUUAGAGGCCGAGAGUUUCGGGAUUGCUUGUAUCAAUGCCGGGCUGCUGAAAGGCAUUGAUCUGCCGGCUACGGGGGCGUUUCUGCUGAGAACCCAGGACACCUGGCCAUCGCCGAAAGCCGUGUUCAAAAUUAUGGACCCUAAUCUAGGCGAAAAAAACGAAUGGAUGAAUACAUAG